CAAUUCCCAAUCAUUUCUUUAAAACUCUUUUAAAAAAAAAUUUCAUAAGUUUCUCGUACUCGCAGUGUUUUUAAAUAAGGGCACGAGGAAGAGUAUCCGGGUCACGUGAGCUGAAGGUUCUCGCAGCGACGUCACACAGACCGAGCUGGUACCGACGUGCUGUAUGACUCAAAUUCUGCGUCUCCUUUCUGGAUACACAUCUCCCCCAAAGCCUCUAAUGUUAUUUACAAGUCUCCAGCGGAUGCCUUUUUAAAAUGUCUUGCGCUUAAGCUGCGCAGGAAAUGCUGCGCGAGCCGUGUAGCAGCUGAGAAUGUCACCUAGCUCGGCUUUAUUAUCGCAGCGCGUGGCCAGCGUAGGUGCAACAGUCGCGCGUGCUCGCCGAGAACAGCUGGUGACAUUUUGUUGACGCUUUCAGGCUUAAGACUGAGACCAUGGAGAAGCCUUCGUUUUCAGACGGAGCAGUGCUGGAGGAGGGAGGAGCCCUGAUGAAGGAUGGUGAAGAACUGAGAGGUGCUGAGGGUGGACAGGUGGAUCGUCAGACUCCGAGGAAAACCAGCUCCUGCCGCUCGUCCCGCAAGAGCUUCCGUUUGGACUAUCGGCUAGAGGAGGAAGUGACAAAGUCCUGUCAGACCAAAAAUGGUCGCUGGACCAACCCCUGGUCCACAUGGCGGUUUCCUUCCUGGUCUAUGCUGCUCAGAUUCUUUUUGUUGGAUAAGAAUAACAGCAAUAUACCAAGUGUUCAGGACUUGGACCAUGAACUCCCAGUGAUAAAACCAUACUUUGUCCAGAACCCAGACCUCUUAGAUCCUGAUCCAGGUCUGAGAGUCACCUGGUUGGGUCAUGCUACGGUUCUGGUUGAAAUGGACGGUUUGAAUAUUCUAACAGACCCGAUAUUCAGCCAGAGGGCCUCGCCAGUCCAGUUCGUGGGGCCCAAGCGGUACAGAGGGCCUCCCUGCACUGUGGAGCAGCUACCCAGGAUUGAUGCUGUAGUCAUCAGUCACUCUCAUUACGACCACCUGGACGUCGGAUCUGUGGCCAGUCUUAAUGCACGCUUUGGAGGGGAGCUACGCUGGUUCGUGCCCCUGGGCUUGAUGGACUGGCUGAUGAAGAUGGGAUGCGAGAAUGUGAUGGAGUUGGACUGGUGGGAGGAAAACUGUGUUCCAGGCCAUGACGAUAUCACAUUUGUGUGCACACCAUCUCAGCACUGGAGCAAACGCACACCGCUGGACGAUAAUAAGACUUUAUGGGGAAGCUGGUCCAUCUUGGGUCCAGACCAUCGAUUCUUCUUCGCUGGUGAUACUGGCUACUGCCCUGCCUUCCAGGAGAUAGGACGACGCUUUGGCCCGUUUGACCUAGCAGCCAUCCCCAUUGGAGCAUAUAUGCCCAGGGACGUGCUGAGUGGGCAGCACGUAGAUCCACAGCAGGCUGUUCAAAUUCACCAGGACCUUCAGGCCAGACAGUCGGUGGCCAUUCACUGGGGCACUUUUGCGCUCGCUAAUGAGUUCUACCUGGAGCCACCGGUUCUUCUCAGAGAGGCCUUAGAGCAGAAGGGACUGAAACCAGGAUCCUUCUUCACAUUGCAUCAUGGGGAGUCUCGCCUCAUUGUGUCACAGGACUCGGGCGUCUUUCUGUGAUCCUGUCUGGUUUUAUGGGGUGGAGUCCUGCAACAGAACACAGUGUUUGUAUGACACAGAUCCCAACUAAAACUGUAACAGUACAUACUGAAUGUUUUAUGCCAACAGAACAGCGGGAUAAUGGGAAACUAUUCUAGAAAAACUGAGGGAGCUGAAACUAAGAAGCACAGAAGGAGAGUUUCUCUGCAGGCUCAUUGUCAUAAGUUUUCAAAUUUGAAUGUUGGUUCCCUACCACUGCAACUGUGUUAUAGGUUAUUUUAUUGGUUCUGGAUCCAGAUCCUAGAGGUUUGCUCCCACCAGCUGGACAGAUGAGGAGAUUAACCACUUAUACAACAAUGAAAACUCAUAGUAACAGCACUGCACUGUAGUACUGUUAUUUAAUAUGUAAUGUCUUUUUUUCUGUCCAAUAACAAAAUAAAACAACAUUCUGAAAUGUG